GUAUGCUUUUUGGAAAUAGUAAUUGGUCAAGAAAUAUAAAACAAAUGGUACUGGCAUUUGCUCUCUUUGUCUCUCCUGAGCUCCCAACAUCAUUUUUGUGAGAAGCAGAAACCACGGAGGUACGAUCUAUUGGAGUGGCCAGGCAACACUCAAGCCUCUCCAGUAGAUUGAAUUCCUCUGCACAGUCUAUCGAUUAUUUAGGUUGAAAUCAUGGCCAGACUAGGCAGUUGGGUUCGCAAGAAUCGCAUAGCGUUAGCUGCUGCAUCUUUGGGAAUGACUGGAUCGGCCUUGUUUUUGCAGGGACGUGCCGCUGGAAGCAGUCCUGUUGCCGCAACAUGGAAGGAAGCACUGACUGUUUUCCGCCAGUACCAGAGUGCCACAAUGGUGAACCGUAGUAGAAUACACAGUUUCCAUGUCGGCCAUGUGGCAUCCAACAGUCCUGCUGAAGACCGUCACGUACAGGCGCAUCUGAAGCCAUGCGACUCCUACUUGUUUUCAAUCAUCGACGGCCACUCUGGUUGGGAAUGCGCCCAGAGACUGCAGGAACGAUUGCCAUUCUACCUUUCCUGCGCUCUCUCGCCCAGGGGCAAAGUGAUGGAUGUGCUACCAGUUGAGAACUGGUUCAACAGACUCACAGACAGCAAGUCGCUGCUAGCUCCCCCAGUUGCGGAAAGCGACUCCACGCAAAACCGUUUCAGCGCGUCGGCCUCGCAGUUCAAUGAAUCAGUCGUGAAGAGCGGAGAGAUGAGCACUGUGAAUGCCAUCAAGAUGGCGGUACAGAGUGUCGACGAGGACUUCAGUAACGAGGCGCUGGGCGGUGAUAAGGACGCCGUGCGUGUCGUGGCAUCCGGUGCCGUGGCGGCGUCGGCUUUAGUGCACGGCAACGAGCUCUACCUAGCCAACACCGGAGACUGCCGCAUCGUGCUCGGAACGAAGAAUGCCAGCGGCCCGGGCUAUGUUGCCACACCACUGACAACAGACCACACGGUGGACAAUACGUUGGAGGUGGCACGCCUACGAGACGGCCAUCCCGGAGAGCGUGGGGUCAUAGCCUAUGGCCGUCUACUCGGGUCUCUGCAGCCACUCAGAGCCUUUGGCGACUUUGUGUACAAAUGGCCGUAUGAUGUGGUUCGCAGAAUGUUCGGCACAUCACCACCGAACUAUCUCACACCGCCGUAUCUGACCUGUGAGCCUGAGAUACGCAAGCACAAGCUCACGAACGACGAUUCCUUCAUGAUCCUGGCCACGGAUGGUCUCUGGGAUGACCUGUCACCGUCAGAGGUCGUUGACAUUGUCGGACGUCACUACAAUGUGCUUCGGCAGCAGGCGAAGCGUCCGGUCGACAUGGAGGAGAAUGCAGCGACGGACUUGAUCAUCCGUGCUUUGCAGUCCACGUGCCGCGAGCCGGACACCCUAAAGCAACAGGAGUAUGCCGCAGCACUGCUGAAGCUGCCGGCUCAAGUGCGCCGCAGAUAUUAUGAUGACAUCACGGUCGUUGUGGUGUUCUUCGAGAACGAGUCGAAAUGAAAAUCAUGUUCCGGAGGGGCUUGAGAUAGUUACGAAUUUCUGCUACCGUACUACGAUGGACUUUUCAACCGGCCAGGCACUCUGCUUUGCCUGGAUCAUGUCCUGUCUUGGCACAGGGUUCUCUGAAGAGGGAACUGACUGCAGGGUCUAUAAUCAUUUGGUUGCAACUGUACUGACCAAUCUUGAUACAGAGGUGUUCCUGGCGCACUCAAACUGCGCCACGGCGUUCGUCCAUCUGGCGGUUGAAGGCCUAAGAAUGCACGGAAGCAUUUGGAGACGCCUGGGCUGAGGCAGUAACAUGCAGACCGGUCACAACAGCCAGUAUCAGCUUGGGUGAAAUCGUGUAGUGUACAUGGUGGUGGACAACUUGUAGCGUUGAACUUGGCACGCAGUGAUACUUUGGUGUGGUGAAUGGCGCCCAGCUGCCCCGUUUCAUGAAGCAGUCAGCUGCACUGAUCUGAAGCACCUGCUGUUGUUGUUUCGACGCUUUACGCCCGGGCGCUGGGAGCACCGUGGCGUUUCUGUGAGAUGGCGAUUGGUUUGCCAUUGUAGGAACACUGUUGAAAAGCGUGUCUUCUCCUUUUUUUCUUUUUAGCGUCGGAACUUUGCAUUAGGUAUGUUGCCGAAUUAUUUUUUUAUAACCCCACUUUCAUCCAUGGACUUGAACGUUCACUAAGAAGUUGUUGGACUUCAUGCUUGUGUACGUGAGGCUUAAAUAGCACUUCUAUGUGAACUGUUCAGUAUUGGCCUGUGGUCCUCCAUGCUCGAUAGAUCAAUUGAUCAGGGGGAAACCAUAGUUCCUGAUGAUUUCGCCCUGUCCGUAUGCACGCUUUGUAGGCGUUAGCCGGCGGCGUAUGCGACGUAUUCUUCUAUCACUUGAUACAAUCAAAUUUUUAUAAGUCCA